AUGGUGGAGGACAAUCUCACACGUGUGACGGAGUUCAUUCUCCUGGGAUUUUCUGACCUUCCUAACCUCCAAGGGUUUCUCUUUGGGAUUUUCUUAGUCAUCUACCUAAGUAUAUUGACAGGAAAUGGCCUCCUCAUUGUCAUAACUAAGACUAAUCCUGCUUUCCAAACUCCCAUGUAUUUUUUCCUUUGGAACUUUUCCUUUUUGGAAAUAUGUUAUGCAUCAGUCACUCUCCCCAGAAUGCUGGCAGAUCUCUGGACCCAGAAGAGAAUUAUUUCAUUCGUAGCGUGUGCUGUACAAGCUUGUUUCCUUUAUAUUCUGGGGGUGGCAGAGUGCUUGCUCCUGGCUGUGAUGGCUUAUGAUCGUUAUGUGGCCAUUUGUAAGCCCCUGUUCUAUCCUCUCAUCAUGAAUCACAAGGUAUGUGUCCAACUGGUUAUGGUUUCAUGGAUAACUGGAGUCCCAAUACUGAUAGAAGAGACAUACCAGACUUUUUCUCUGAACUUCUGUGGUCCAAACAUAAUCAAUCACAUCUUUUGUGAUGCCCCACCUUUAUUUGAAUUGGCCUGUAUGGACACAUAUAAGGUAAGGAUCUCUGUCCAAGUUGUUGCUCUGCUAUUCAUCAUAACUCCCUUUCUGUUGAUACUUGCAUCCUAUAUCAAAAUCAUAACUACCAUCCUGAAAUUGCCUUCAACCUCAGGGAGAUCCAAAGCCUUCUCCACGUGUUCUUCUCACCUCAUGGUUGUAUGCUUAUUCUAUGGGUCUGGAAGUACUGUGUAUUUGGGCCAAAAAUCCAGUCACUCAGCAACAUCAGGCAAAGUGCUUGCUCUUUUCUACACCACUGUGACCCCAAUGUUUAACCCCCUGAUAUACAGCCUGAGAAAUAAGGAUGUCAUUGCUGCACUCAAAAAGCUAUUUCCUAAAUGUCUCAGGUCAUGA